CUUAUAAGCCCAUUUCCCCCAGUAAUUCUAACGUAGCCCACCGCCCCUUUCUUCCUUCCCCGAUAGUCACCAAAGAAAAAACAAAACAAAAGCUUCUUAAUCGCCUAGGGUUUUUGGGUUUUUUUUUUUUUUCAUCUUUAUCAUCACUCAAUCAUGACAGGCAAAGCCAAGCCCAAGAAGCAUACGGCCAAGGAAAUAGCCUCCAAGGUCGACGCCGCCACAACCAAUCGAGGCGGAGGCAAGGCCGGAUUAGCUGACCGUUCAGGGACCGAAAAGGGUGGACAUGCCAAGUUCGAGUGUCCUCACUGCAAAACAACGGCUCCAGAUUUGAAGUCGAUGCAGAUACAUCAUGAUGCGAGGCAUCCCAAGAUUCCCUUUGAAGAGUCAAAGCUUGUGAAUCUUCAUGCUACUUCUGUGGCUGAUUCUUCCAAGUCCCGUCCCGGUGUUAGGGGAAGCUUUAAAAAGUGAAAAAAAAUGGUUGUUUUGGUUAAGAUUUGGCGUUUUGGAGAUGUUCUGAAAUCUGGGUUUGUUCCUUUUUUUUAUUUUCUGUUUUGGGUUUUAAUUGUUUGUGAUGAUAGUAGAGAUGGGAGAAGAAAGGGGGUUUAGGUGAAAAAGGUUGGAUUUUUUUUUUAAGGCCUCCCUUGACUAUGAUGAUGAUGAUCAUGUAUAUUAAUCCAUCUUGAUUAUGAUGGUUAUGAUGAUGGUGAUGCUAUAGCUUCUCUAUUUUAAUGCUAAUGAAGUGUUUGUUGAAUA